AUGCAGGGCAUGAAACAUACGGCUCSUGAAUCACCAAACUGUUCGCAAAAUGGGCGAAUUGUGUUCUUUUCUCUGUUACGCGAGAAGCCCGCAGAAGAUGCAGUCGCCCCCCCUCCCGAUGGAGGAUUGCAAGCUUGGACGCAGGUUUUGAUGGCCCAUCUGAUUCUCUUCUGUACCUGGGGCUUCAUCAACUCUUUCGGCUUCUUCCAAGCCUACUACGAGGAAACAAUGAGUGUUGACGCUACUCAAAUUUCUUGGGUUGCGUCUGUCCAGGUAUUUCUACUCAGCUUCAUCGGAAGCUUUUCUGGUCGCUUGAUGGACGCUGGGUACUAUCGCUAUUGUCUGGUCGGUGGAUUUACCUUUCAGAUCGUAGGGAUCUUCAUGGUGUCACUGUGUAGCAAAUAUUGGCAGGKGUUCUUAGCCCAGGGUAUCUGUUGUGGAAUCGGAGACGGACUUCUCUUCUGUCCUACGACCGCUUUGAUAGCCACCUACUUUGUGAAGAAACGCUCCUCUGCGCUGGGUAUCGUUCUAUCCGGCUCUAGCACCGGUGGUCUGAUAUUACCCAUCAUGGUCCAGCAGCUCCUCCCAAGAAUAGGAUUUGCCUGGACGGUACGCUGCAUGGGUUUUGUUGUUCUUUUCUGCUUCAUAGUAUGUUUGGCAUUGGCACGUACGAGAUUGCCGAAACGAGUAAGUGGCCGGCUUGUCGAGCUCAGCGCCUUCCAUGAAUGGUCAUACUCGUUGUUUGUCAUUGGUGUUUUUCUUACCCUCUGGGCUGUGUAUUUCAGUUACUUCUACAUUGACUCCUUUGCUCUCGAUGUCAUCGGAACUUCCAGGUCCGAUUCACUCACCAUGUUGUACAUCAUUAAUGGCAUGGGAAUACCAGGUCGUAUCAUUCCUGCAUUGAUUGCGGAUCGGUAUUUUGGUAUUCUCAACACUUAUCUCGUACUUGGGAUCAUUGCAGGGAUCUUGCUUUUCUGCUGGAUGGCAGUGAAGACCUAUGCGGGGAUGAUUGCCUUCGUUGUUUGCUAUGGCUUGGUUGGCGGAGGCGUGCAGGGGRCUGCCUUGUCGUCUUUACCCACUUUGACCACGGAUCUCAGCAAGAUGGGCGUUCGUAGUGGCAUGAUCUUGUCUAUAGUCGCCUUUGCCUGCCUGACGGGACCUCCCUUAGCCGGGGCACUUAUUCAAUGCGACAAUGGAUCAUAUACCUACGCCUGUAUUUGGGGCGGAACAUCGUUAAUCUUGGGGUCAUUCUUUGUGAUGGCUGCUCGUUUAGUGAUGUUGAAAGCUCCUUGA